CGUUUCUCGCGUCGAUUGCUUGCACAGCUCGCUUCCUCUUCCUCUUCCUUCCCCCCUUUCUUCGCCUCCCGGUAACCGCCGUAGCCAAAGAACCUGGCUUCGCCUUCUCCCGCGGCGGCGCGGGCGGCCGGUGCUGCUGCGCCGGCGCGUGAGAUGGAGGAUUGCGGCGGCGUCACGGCUGGAAGCGGCAAGAAGCCGUUCCAGCUGACGCGGUCGCUGACGUACCACCACCACCAGGGGCACCGGCCGGCGGCGUCGGCGGCCAGGUGGCGGAGGCAGCAGCUCGCGGACGAGCCGCGCGCGCAGCGGCCGCAGGCGGUGGUGCUGUACACGACGUCGCUGCGCGGGGUGCGGCGCACGUUCGCGGACUGCACCGCGGUGCGCGCCAUCCUGCGCGGCUUCCGCGUCGCCGUGGACGAGAGGGACGUGUCCAUGGACGCCGCGCUCCGCCGGGAGCUCCAGGCGCUGCUCGCCGCGCGGGCCCGCGCCUUCGCGCUCCCGCAGCUGUUCAUCGGCGGCCGCCUCGUCGGCGGCGCGGACGAGGUGCGGCAGCUCAACGAGACCGGCCAGCUCCGGCGCCUCCUCGACGGCGCGGCCGGGCAGGACCCGGCCUUCGUCUGCGACGCCUGCGGCGGCGUCCGGUUCGUCCCCUGCACCGGCUGCGGCGGCGGCCGCAAGGUGUUCGUCGAGGAGGAGGACCGCGUCGUCCGCUGCGGCGAGUGCAACGAGAACGGAUUGGUACGCUGCGCUAACUGCUGUUCUUGAUCGCCAACGCCCAACGGGCGGCGAUCGUUCGCCGUUCCAUUCGUGCUGCUAAUCCAAGUGGUAGAGGUUGUAGUAGAUAUCAACAACAAAAGAAGAGCGGCCUUUCGAUUUCCCAUUCCAGGCGUGGGAUUCGUGUGUGUCCGAUCCGAUCUUUUUGAGGAUCGGAUUUGCUACUCGGUGGAGAAGAACAGAUUGUUCUUGACUCCUUGCUGCAAAAUUGCCAUAUGGUGAUGGCGAUUGGAGAAUAAGAACCGGGCUUGUUUGUAUAUGCAUCUCAUGUAUCAAAGAUUGACACUGCUAUUAGCUGAACUAAUGUAAAUACUUAAGUUUGGGGUGAUCAAUUGCUUCAUGUCUUUGUCCA